ACGAGAGCUGUGAGGUUGCUAAACGGAUUCUGUACUGUUUAAUUAGAAUCAUAUACCUUAUAGAAAACGACCUCCACUUUGACCACGAAUUAUGCAACUAAAAUUAAGAGCUGUUAGAUAUAUAUAUUCGAAGUGAAUUAUAUUGUUUACCGGUGACACGAUUUAUUUUGCAAUAAGUAUAUAAGAUAGAAGUUGUCGGUAUGGGGGAGCAUAGAAAACUUGUUUUGAUUAUAUUGAUUAUUUUAACAACAAUUAUCUUUGCUGGUUUACAGUUCACCACUUUCCUAGCUGCUAACCCAACAAAAAGUUACGGUAUAUUUUUUCGCGGUAUUGGAAAUGUGUCAGAUACGCACCAUCUAGAUCUUACGCCAGCUAGCCCAACGUUUAGCAUCUGGGCAAUCAUCUAUGGUUGGCAAAUUAUCAUGCUGAUCUAUUGUCUGACUUCGACCUGUCGUCACACUCCUGAUGGACCAGUAUGUACAAGUCCUGUUCUUCUUCCACCAAUGUUCUUUAUAACUUACAUAGCCAACAAUAUCAGUAGCAUCACCUGGUUGUUUUUAUGGGACCGGCUGUAUUUCAUCAGUUCCACAGUGUUUUUGUUCUUAAUCGCUAUAACUUUAUAUGUCUGCAUGGUCAUUUCCUACCGAGCACUGAAUCGCCAUUACUCACUGCUCGUUGCUAGAGAGCGCAAGGCAGAAAUAUGGCUGAUAAUACUUCUAGUUCAAAAUGGUAUCGCCAUCUACGCUACUUGGACGAGUAUUGCUUCCCUGCUCAAUUUAGCAACAGUGCUUGCCUAUGACAUUCCCGAUCCAGUUGAACAAGAAGUUGCUUCUGUGAUAUCUUUAGGUAUCCUGGCUGUAGAAUUGCUAUUAUUUGUGGGUACGGAUUUGACCAUCUUUGAUAAAUACAGUCGCUAUGUGUUUACACCCUACCUAGUGCUGGUAGUAGGAUUAUCAGGCGUGAUUGCUAAAGAUUGGAAUCCCGAAACACCCACAUGCAUCUUUGCAGCAGUAUUAUUAGCAAUGAGUAUCAUAAGUGCUAUUUGUAAAUGUAUUCGACUUUCUCAAGUUUUCUUUAAACGCAACGAUCAAGAUGAUAUAGUUCUUAAGGAGUGAAUUUACGAAUCAAAUCAAAUUGAGUUCUAAGACAAUAGAGUCAAAUAUGUAUUUUCGAACUUGUAUUAUUGCACCCCGUCUUAAAAAUGGGUCCGCUCGUCUGUAUUUCUGAAAACAAUAAGUAGCCUCCGAUAGGGAUAAAAUGUUCCAACUCCUUAUGGACGUUCAUUUGGUGAAUGUAUUGACUUAGUUCGAUGAUUAACAUUUUCUGUUUAUGCUAAGCAACUGCCCGUCCGUCAAACCCUUGGGGGUACAGCAAUUCUGCUUCUAAUAGAGGUAGCAUUUUCAAACUUGAUACAGAUGUGAGUUAGUGGAAUACCUUGACUAAGCAGGGAUAAUCAAUAUGACUGUUCGAGACUUUAGAACACAACAACGUUUAAUUGAUAUAAAAAGCUCAAACUUGGUGCAGAUGUUCGAUAAGGAGUUUAAGUUCCUUUUAGACAUUCGCAAAAACAAUUAUAUCCAUUGAACUCGAAAAUCACAGUGCAAAACACCCAGCGUAAAUAUUACAGGAGCAUCCGCUAUGUGUGACCUUGUCCUUCUGUAAAGCGCUCGUGACCGGCUAUCAGUAAUUCUGAAUAGCCAAACCAAAAGCAACUGGUAUGUUUCAUUUGGAUUAACGACGGUUAAAGUCGAAAAUAUAAUAUCUAAUAAUAUUGAUGUGAUGUCUUUACUAACUAACUUAAUUAAUACAGAUGUGAUUCACCUGUCCGUACCAUUGUCUGACAUUGAGUAGAUAGUAUGAGGAAAGAAUUGCACUUUUUUUAAUGGACAAAGUGAUUCCGUAUCUCUCGUUCAAAAACCCAUUUACAUUUUAUCGACCUUUAAUGUUAUCUUUAUAUUAUUUAUCUUCUUUUUUUUUCAUUUUUUAAAUACACUUUCUUACGUAUUUUAUAAAUGUAAUAUCUGUAACAUCUGAAUACUUUGUGUUAAAUAAUAAUUUUCACAGAAACCUUAUAACCGCUUUAGUAUGUUGCUUUCAUACGUUUCAGGCACAUUGUAUGGCAUAUGCCCGUCUUCAUUAUCCCAGUCAGAGCAGAAUAGUAGGACGUUAAACCCCUGUUCAUUUCUUAUGAGUUUCAUAUGUCAAACUUACUUGUAUUUUUUAACUAUUUCAAACUUGCCUUGAGAUUCUGAUUAGAGCGGGUGCAACCAUUGUGAAAAGCCCAGAAGACUUGCUGUGAGCACAUGUUUCCCUGUCUGGCAACCUAUAUUUACAACAUGGUGUUAUGGUAUAUGGUGUUAUACACCUAUCUUGGUGUGUUUGUCCAUACCAUAAAUGCGCUUCUUGCAUAAGAGAGUAAUCUAAAUAUGAAGGUUUUAAAAUAAAUAUUAAUUUCAAGACAAAAAGUUAUCCCGAAAUUCAUUUUUUGAUAUAUAUUUUAUUUUAAAUUCGUUUUUCAAGGUUAUGAACUUCUUUUUGCGCUACCGAUGUCACUAAUUGAUUAGAAUUUGUAGCACUAAAUGUGCAGUUGUAAGAAGGAAUUAUGAAAACAUUAACAUUCAUAUAAUUAUGUUUGUAAAUAUCACGUCUCAAUAUCAUUUGUAACAUUUAUAUAAUUAAACAUGAAUCAUGAGCCAUUUCAAUAAAUGUCAUUUCU